AUGAUUUUUGGUAGAACGUUUAUUAUUUUUAUAUAUUUUCUAUUUGUUUUAUUUUUUGGGCUCAUCUUGAGAUUCAGUCAUAUAUUUAGUGAUUUUUGUGAAACAUUUCACCCUCCAGACAAUAAGCAAACAUAUGACUACAUUAUAGUUGGUGGUGGAUCAGCAGGAUCCAUCCUAGCCAACAAACUCUCACGCAAUGGCAUCGAUAAAGUCCUAGUCCUAGAAGCUGGUAAAAACACCAUUGACCUUCUUAGUAUUCCAUCCAUAAGCCUGCUGCUACAAAACUCCCCAUACGAUUGGAAAUAUGCUACAGUACCACAAAAAAACUCUUGUUUAGGCCUCAAUCAAAAUGUGAGCUUAUGGCCGAUGGGCAAAUUACUAGGGGGCACUAGCAUGCUGAACAAUAUGUUGUAUGUGAGAGGCCACAAGGAGGAUUUCAAUGAAUGGUUUAAAGAUAAAGAGGAUUAUUAUUAUUCAGAUGUGAUUAAUUAUUUUAAGCAAAUAGAAGAUUUGUUAGAUGUUAGUGAUCUUGCAUUUUCUACUGAACUAUCUGAUAUUGUGUUUAAUGCAGCUGAAAAUUUAGGAUAUUCUAUUUUGCAUUGCAAUUAUGACAGCAAACUUGGCUUUAAUAAACCCAAAGCCACCUUAAAUAAAGGCAAAAGAUGGACCUCUGCUGACAGCUUGAAACAACUUCAUAGAAAUAAUUUAGUGAUUAGGACAAGUUGUUUGGUUGAAAAAAUUUUAUUCAGAUCCAAUUUUGAAGCCUAUGGUGUAAAAUUCAAAUUCCUGAACAAAAAUUAUGAAGCAUUUGCACAAAAAGCUGUUAUACUAUCUGCAGGAGUUAUUGGUAGCCCCAAAAUUUUGAUGUUAUCUGGAAUUGGUGAAAAAACUCACUUGGAAAAGCUUGGCAUAGAACCUAUAGUAGAUUUACCUGUUGGUAAUAAUUUGCAGGACCAUUUAACUACAGGUCUUGAUUUAGUUUUGCUCGAUCAUUCUUUGAAUAUAGGAAUAGAGCAGAUGUUAUCGCCGUUUGCACUGCUGGAAUAUUUUUUGAAGGGAUCUGGGCCAUUGACCACUACAGGAUGUGAAGUGAUGGCUUUUUUAAACACAACAAAAACUCAUACCAAGCCUGAUAUUCAGUUCAUGAUUAUGCCUUUAGGAAUCAAAGAAGACAAUGGAUAUUAUUUAAGAACUCUGAUGGGAAUCUCCGAUAAUGUAUGGUCAAAUUACUUUGCCAAAAUUCCUCAUAAAAGUUUGACAAUAUUGCCAGUACUCUUGCAUCCAAAAAGUAGAGGCACAGUACGACUUGCGAGUAAAAAUCCCUUGGACCAACCCUUAAUAGAUCCUCAAUAUUUGAGUGAUCCUAGAGAUGUUGCUGUACUUAUUGAAGGCAUUGAGCUUAUUAAAAAAUUAAUUAGUACAAAAGAAUUUAAAUCAUUUGGAGCUGAAUUUAAUCAAGUUAUUUUUCCUGGCUGUUCAAAUUAUAUAUUCGAUACCAAAGAUUAUUGGGAGUGCUACAUUAGACAUUUAACAAUAACUGCCUAUCAUCCCAUUGGAACCUGUAGAAUGGGCAAAACUGAAGAUCCAACAACAGUGGUGGAUUUUAAUUUUCAGGUGAAAGGUACCAAUAAAUUGUAUGUUGUUGAUGGGUCUGUUAUACCAUCGUUGACCAGUGGAAAUAUUAAUGGACCUAUUUUAAUGCUUGCUGGAAUGGCAGCAGAUGCUCUUAGUAAAAUUAAUUAUUUAAGUACGAAAACAUGUGAUUUUAUGGAUGUUUUUCUAAGAGAAAAUAUCUGUUGUGUUUAA